AUUUCGUUUCCUGUCAAAUGACCUUCACCCUUGUGAGUUACGUGGAAAUGGCAGUAUGUCAGAGUCAACCGGCGAUAAGACGAAGAACUUGUCGGUUAUCGGCAAAAUCAGGGUCAUCAGAACCAAAUACCUAACUAACACAAUGAUAUCGUCAACAGUACUUCCGGUGAUGUUCCUAGCGGGAAUGGCGGUGGCUUGUCUGAUCUCCGUAUUGCCUACAGUUCUACUUUCACUUCUGUCUGACAAACGUCAGCUCACGUCAACAGUAUCCCAACAUGACACAUCUGUUAUGCUACGAGUCCGACAACACAUCCUACCGCCAAGUCCAGAGGUGAUGAAGGAGGCCAUACAGGCUAUGAACUUGGCUAUGGACAUGGAGGCACAGGGCAAACAUGAAAAAGCCACGCGACUAUACGAACAUGCACUGAAGCUUGACCCCUCCCACGCAGAUAUCCUCACCACUUAUGGAGAAUUUCUGGAGAAACACCAGAAAAACAUAGUGAAGGCUGAACACAUGUACAGAAUGGCUCUAGAAAUAUGCCCAGAACAUAACAAAGCUCUUGCAAACAGAGAGAGAAUUCUUCCUCUUGUUGAAGAAAUUGACCUUGCCAAUUUUAAAAGAAUUGAUAAAAAAUUAGAUGCUUUUAUUCGAGUGCCUCUAAACCAUCCUGGUUUAAGGAGAGCAAAAAAAGAAGCCUAUUUUUCCCAUAUUUAUCACACUAACGCUAUAGAAGGAAAUACUCUGACUCUGUUACAAACACGGGCCAUUGUUGAGACUCGACUAGCAGUGGGAGGAAAGUCCCUGGUGGAACAGAAUGAAGUUUUAGGAUUGGAUGCGGCCCUGAAGUACAUAAACAACACAUUGUGUGGCCGUCUUGGUGAGAUUACAUUAGAUGAUAUACUCCAAAUUCACAACAGAGUUUUAGGAUUCGUUGAUCCGACAGAGUCAGGAAGGAUACGUCUGACUCAGGUGUUUGUUGGCAAUUUCCAACCCCCAGCCCCAGCAGAAGUCCCAAAACUGAUGAAUGAAUUUGUUAUCUGGUUAAAUUCUGAGGAGGCAGUGAAAUUACAUCCUAUAGAACAGGCAGCAUUAGCACAUUUUAAGCUGGUUGUUAUACAUCCUUUUUACGAUGGAAAUGGACGGACUUCCCGCCUCCUCAUGAAUCUUAUACUUAUGCAGGCUGGCUAUCCCCCAGUCUCAAUUAAAGUGGAAGACAGAUUAAAGUAUUAUGAAACUUUAGAAAAAGGCAAUGAUGGUGAUGUGAGGCCUUUUAUUAGGUUUGUUGCAGAUUGUACAGAACGGACGUUGGAUGAAUAUAUUUUAGCGACAAGUGAAAAUCCCAGUGCUUUAGGAUUAAAUACAUCUGAAAAUGUGAUACCUUUUAGUGAUAUAUGAUAACAUGCUUAUUUAUAUAUAUUGUUAUUUAUUUAUUUAUUUGCUUUUUUUGUUGGAUUUUACAUGCCAGGAAGUCAAUAAAGAAAAUAUUUUUAAUAUAA